AUGAAGGUUUCUCUGGUUAUGCUCACUGCGGCCGUGGCUUUGGCCGCCCCUACUGCCACUGACGAAGUCAAAGACGGCGUUAUUGGUGGUCUUGACGGCGUGUUGAGUGCUGUCGGUUUGCCCUUGCCCAGUACUGCCCCCUCCAAUGGCGCCAACCCCAUCGCUGGGUUGCCCGUCGACAACCUUUUCACCGAUGACCCUAUUCCCAAUCUUCUCAAUGCCGUUGGCAACUUAUUGUCUAAGGUUCUUGGAAAGCUUAGUGGCCAAAAGGCUCAAUAA